CCCUAUACUAUGCUCUUGCUCUUUCUCCAAAUAACCCCAGGUUUAAGCGUAUAUAGCUCCUGCCUUUCUUUCUCUAUGCCCUACUGCUAUAAUCUUUCUUACCAAUCUCGUAUAAUUUCUGACACAAAGUGAGCCGCACACCAAACAAUGAGCAGCGCGCAAUUAGGCUCAUCGGAUGACAAACUGCAGCAAGCACUAUUGGAAACGAUUCGACAGAAUGGACGACUACUUGAUGAACUGCAAGCAGCGCGACGACGUGAAGAACAGCUUAUUGACAAAUGCUUUCAGCUGGAAGAAAAUUUGCUUCAAUAUGUGUUGGGAGAUGAGAAACGGUCGCAAUUGCUGAAGGCAUUGAUUGUAGACCAAAAUGACAAGGACGAACACUUGAAAGAAACUCUACAACAAGGGUCAGUUGUACUACAACAAAAUAACCGUAAUCACCAUGCAACUACUACUGCUGCCACCAGCGUGAGCAGUGCUCAAGAUACCGAUCAGGACACGGAAGAAUGGGUGCAGUGGCAACGGGUACCACACUAUGAGGUUGUAGUUAAUAGCAAGGUUGUGUCUGAAGCUUUUGUCGCCAACAACGCGAGUGUGUCCUUUAUCAGGGAGGACGUUGUACGACGCGCAGGAUUAAAGCCAAACAAACUGAACCCGCCGGCUCGCUUCAGACUCUUGGGCAGUGUUCAACCGGUCGUUGUUGCGGAAACUGUUGUAGUGCCGAUGAGGAUUGGUGAUUACCGGGGCCAGUGCCCAAUGUUUGUGUAUCAGCACAUACGAUCAGAGAUCAUACUCGGUGCAAGCUGGCUGCAAAGUGAACGUGUCUACUGGAAUGUGGAUUUCAUGUUGAUUGGUCCUAAGAAAAUCCGUGUGGAUCCAAAGCCACCAGUCAUGGUGAAGAAAAGUGAUCCAAGAGCGACGAUGGUGGAUGGGCCUGUCAUUAUCGAACGUCUCAACUAAUAGUGAACGUCUUCAUCUCUCUUCUGGUUGUAUGUAUGUACAAUGUAUUAUAUAGUCAAAUAACCUCAUUACUUUGCUGUAGCGAUGAGCUGUGAACUAAGAUAUAGUUACACAGGA